AUGGACAACGGCACACUGGAGAGCGUCAACAUCACUGACUGCCCGGAGGUGUUGGUCCCCAACGAGGUCUUCUUUGCUGUGGCAAUGGCAAGCCUGAGCGAGAACCUGCUGGUGGUGGCCGCAGUGAUCAGCAACAGGAACCUGCACUCACCCAUGUACUGCUUCAUCUGCAGCCUGGCCCUGUUCAACACCAUCUCCAGCCUCUCCAAGACCUGGGAGAAUGUCAUGCUGGUUUUUACCGACGCUGGCCAGUUAGACGCACAGGGCGACUCCGAGCUUAAGGUGGAUGAUGUGAUGGACACCCUCCUCUGCAUGUCCUUCACAGGCUCCAUCUGCAGCUUCCUGGCCAUCGCUGUGGACCGCUACAUCACCAUCUUCCACGCUCUGCGCUACCACAACAUCAUGACCAUGCGGCGUGUGGCCGCCGCGCUGGCCGCCAUCUGGACGCUGUGUGGCGUCAGCAGCGCCAUCAUGGUCCACUUCUCCCACGCCGCCGCCAUCAUAAUCUGCUUCAUCGUGGUCUUCCUCGUCUGCCUGGUCCUCAUCCUCUUCCUCUACAUGCACAUGUUCCUGCUCGCCCGGCAGCAUGCCCGGAGGAUUGCCACCUUUCCCAGGAGCGCUGCCCAGCAGCGGGGUGGCAUGAGGGGCGCCCUCACGGUCACCAUCCUCUUCGGGGUGUUCGUGGCCUGCUGGGCGCCCUUCUUCUUCCACCUGCUGAUCAUCACGGUGUGCCCGCAGAACCCCUACUGCGAGUGCUACCGCUCCCUCUUCCAGGUGCACCUCAUCCUCAUGAUGAGUCACGCGGUCAUCGACCCCGCCAUCUACGCCUUCCGCAGCGCUGAGCUCCGGAGCACCUUCAGGAGGAUGCUCUAUUGCUCCAACUCCAGGGCUGGGCGACGCUGUCUCGCCUGA